GUGUCUCAUUGAGUGUAACUUGACUCCAGGUCGUUCAGCCGAGAGUUGUUGAACGGACCGAGUCGGGGAGUCUGUGUGGGACCAACGAUCCUGUGACUGAGGUGUCCGGAGGGAAACGGCAGAACCUGGAAACAUAUGAUCUGAGAAGGUGUUUUGUGUCCUCUGGUCACCUGGAAUCAGGAUGCAGUUCUCAGUCAGACUGAGCUUCUUCCUGCUGGGCUUUGUUUUCAUCGCAGUGUUGCCUCACACAGCAAAAGGCCAAGUUUCAUCACCACGGAGAUUUCGUGUAAAAGUCCUGGGACAGGACAAGCUUGAGGUGUCAUGGAAGGAGCCGAAAGGAGAUUUUGAAGGAUACAAGGUUAUUUACGUCACACGUCCAGGUGGACAGCAGAAGGUGCUUGAACUAGCAAAGCAGGAAACAAAACUGGUCAUUAAAGAUUAUGACCCCUCAAAAGAUUACAACUUUAAGAUCAGUGCUGUGAAUGGUGGGAAGGAGAGCAAACCUCUUCAAGGAAAACAUGAAGCUCAGCAAUCAGGCUCCGAAACGGCUCAGACCCAGGGGACUAAAAAGAGUGAUGUCACACGAGAAAACAACGAGAUCUCGGAAGCUGAAGAUGGAUUCAUGUGCAAGACUCCUGCCAUAGCCGACAUUGUGAUUCUGGUGGAUGGCUCUUGGAGUAUCGGUCGGAUUAACUUCAGGCUGGUUCGAGCCUUCCUAGAAAACCUUGUCAAUGCCUUUUCUGUGGAAUUUGACAAAACAAGAAUAGGACUUGCUCAGUACAGUGGAGACCCCAGGAUUGAGUGGCAUCUGAAUGCUCACACUACCAAAGAGGCUGUGAUAGAGGCUGUGAAAAACCUGCCCUAUAAAGGAGGAAACACACUGACAGGUCUGGCUCUCACCUUUAUACUGGAAAACAGCUUCAAAGUAGAAUCUGGGUCCCGGCCUGGUGUGCCAAAAAUAGGAAUCCUCAUCACUGAUGGGAAAUCCCAAGACGAUGUGAUUCCUCCUGCCCAAAGCCUGAAGGAUGCUGGGAUAGAACUGUUUGCUAUUGGUGUGAAAAACGCAGAUGAAAACGAGCUGAAGGCCAUUGCGUCUCCUCCCGAGGAGACUCACGUCUACAACGUGGCAGACUUCAGUGUGAUGAGUGACAUCGUGGAAGGUCUCACCAAGACAGUCUGUGACCGUGUGGAACAGCUUGACAAAAAAAUAAAAGGAGGAGGAGGAGAGCCAGCUCCACCCGUCACCUCCAUUGCACCCCCUCGUAAUCUGGUGACAUCAGAGAUUACAGCUCGUAGUUUUCGGGUUACAUGGACGCACGCGCCGGGCCAAGUGGAGAAAUAUCGAGUGGUGUACUAUCCAGCCAGUGGAGGACAACCAGAAGAAAAAGUGGUUUUGGGGACGGAGAACAGCGUGGAGCUGACGCACCUGAACUCACUCACAGAGUACCAGGUGGCCGUUUUUGCCGUCUACCGAAGCUCCGCCAGCGAGGCCCUGAGAGGAAGUGCCACCACAUUGGCACUGCCCACAGUGAACAACCUCGAGUUGUUUGAUAUAACUCACAGCACCAUGAGGGUCCGCUGGAAGAUCGCCGCGGGGGCUUCGGAGUACAUGAUCCUGUACGCCCCGCUGACUGAGCAAGAAGCUGCAGAUGAGAAGGAGGUGAAAGUGGGUGAUUCUGUAAAUGAGGUGGAGCUGGACGGAUUAACUCCAGCCACUGAAUACACAGUGACAGUUUAUGCCAUGUACGGAGAGGAGGCCAGUGAUCCCAUGACCAGUCAGCAGACCACAUUACCACUCAUCCCAGCAAGUAACCUGCGUUUCCAAGAUGUGGACCACAGCUCAAUUCGCAUAACUUGGGAUUCCCCUUCCAGGUUGGUGCGAGGUUACCGUAUCAUGUACGUCAAGACCAGCGGAGUCCAAACUACUGAGGUGGACCUCGGUGCUGUGACGAGCUAUUUGCUCAAAAACCUGACCUCCCUGACGGAGUACACAGUCGGGGUCUUUGCUGUCUACAAAGAAGGAGAAGCUCCAGCAGUGACCGAAAGCUUCACCACAAAGACUGUUCCAGACCCGAUGGAUCUGAAAAGCAGCGAUAUCUCCUCAGAAGGUUUCAGGGUGUCAUGGCAACACCCCGCCUCUGAUGUGGUGCUGUAUCGACUCACCUGGACACCCACCGAUGGGGGAGACAGUGAGGAGGUUCUGGUGAAUGGAAACAUUAACACCUACCUGAUUAAAGGACUGGAACCCGCCUCCGAAUAUGAAGUCCUCCUGGCUGCUAUCUACGCAAACGAGGUUGAGAGUGAUGAGAUGGUGCUAAUAGAAACCACUGCUAAGAGGACAACUACAGUUGCUACAACAACCACAACGACAUUAACACCUCGUUAUGCUGUGAAGAACCUGAAGAUCGAUGAAGAAACCACAUUUAGCAUGCGGGUGUCGUGGCAGGCUGUGGACUCCAGGAAUGUCCGUCAUUAUCGACUGACCUACAUCAGUGCCAGGGGAGACAGAGCAGAGGAGACGGUAAGGAAGACAGCUCUUAGUUUUAAUUCUGUUGUGGCCCAGAUUGGCCAUGCCUCGGGGUCCUUAUGA